GGAGGCCUGGGGGGCAGCUCACACCUCAGGACAUGAGCAGCAAGCAGUGGAAGAGGGAGCCAAACAAUACCACUUAACUGCCAGCACACCACGCCAGAGACGGCUCCGGGUUACAGCCUCCAGUACACACGUCUGGAAAGAGCUCUGCCCACAGCUGUAACCAUAAGUGCCAGGAGCUCAGCUAGGAGAAAUGUGUCUGAGGGGCAGUCACUAGUCCAGGAGCCCCUGAUGUGGAGGAGACCCACAAGGGAUUAUACAAAACUCAAACGAAGGUGGAAUGUUAGGAGACAAAUAGAAAAGUCUAUUUCCAACAGAGGGACUUUAAUUCUGGAAACUGCCCUCAAAACAGCACUAGAGGCUUUGGAUGGCGCUGUUAAAGAAAAGAAUCGUCGUCAACAGGAGUGUUUAGGAUGCACCCCCUGUCUAUUCCCAGAAUGUAGCAGCCUAAGUGCACAGUGUAGAGAGAAAGACAGGGCUGCGAAGUCCGAGCCAUCAUGUGAAGUUAUCCUGAAAGCUGCAAGUGAAACGGAUCCUGUGGAAAGAAGUUGGGCCCUGAGCCGGGUGUGUGGCUUUUACCAGCGGUUUUGUACUGAAGUGGACCGCACAUCAGAGAUUUGCAUCAAGGCCACGGCAGGACAGUGCCAUCUGAAGCUGCAGGAGUGCAAGUUGGAGAAUGACACAGAUUACUUGAACACCUCACCUGAUGAUGAAAGUCCAUUGAUCUGUGGGCAGACCAUGUCAUCCAUAGCCAAUACGACAGAACCCAAAGGUCGCAUUGUUGGAGGAAGCAUGACAUCACCAGGUUCUUGGCCAUGGCUGGUCAACAUUCGUCUUAAUGGUGAACUUAUGUGUGGAGGAGUCCUGCUAGGAGAUACGUGGGUCUUAACAGCUGCUCAUUGCUUCAAUGGGAAUGUCAAUGAGCUGCAAUGGACAGUUGUAGUGGGACAAUAUGAUCUCAGCAAAGAGGAAGAUGGAAAACAGGUCUUUCAAGUGAACAGGAUUGUAAUCCAUCCCAAGUUUAAUCAGAAAACUUUUAAUAAUGACAUUGCAAUGGUGGAGCUGACCGGCUCGGUGGUAGCAUCUCCGAGAGCAAUACCCGUUUGUCUACCUUCAGUGUCUGCUGAUACGGGUCCCGCCACCAGCUGCUACAUUGCUGGAUGGGGCUCCCUUUAUGAAGAUGGUCCUCCAUCCGAUGUUGUAAUGGAAGCCCUUGUUCCGGUUCUGAGUCAGGAAUCAUGCACGAGCACCCUGGGGAAGGACAUGCUGACCAGUACUAUGUUUUGUGCAGGCUAUCUGACUGGGGGCAUAGACUCUUGCCAGGGAGACUCUGGAGGACCUCUGACCUGCCGAGAUCCCUCCUCUAAGCAAUAUGUAGUAUAUGGGAUCACUUCCUGGGGUGAUGGCUGUGGAGAGAGAGGAAAGCCCGGAGUGUACACCAGAGUAACAGCCUUUAUUGACUGGAUCAGAAUCCAGAUGAACAAAUCAACCCUAAGUCGAGAGCCUUCAUGUUUUGAGCUGCGCACAAUGACUGAUAUACAGCAAAGCAAUACAAAGUCAGAAAUUAGAACCCUAUGUUCCUUCUACAAGCAGUCCUGUCCAGCUCCCCUCAGCCAAGAAGCCUGUACACGUUUUGUAGAGGAGAAGUGCAGACAGAAACAGAGAAGAUGCGAGCUUCGCUCUCAUCUGCAGAGCCUACUGAGCUUGCUGCGCAGGGCAGAGGACUUCUUACGUGACACCAGCGAUCUCUCAUUCUUCACUCACAAAAUCCCACAGUACAUGGAACAUAUGCACAGUGAUAUGCUUCCCUCUAGAAUUCGCAGAGACAUUCCAGAGCAGAAUCCAGAGAUGAAGGCUAUGGAUAAAGAAAACACACAAAUUAACUUAGAAGACCCUAAUGGAACUGACAGACAGAUUGAAAAUGACACAAACAGAGAUCUGCACAGCACACAAUUUGCAUUACUGUUUCCAGACCUGGGACCGAACCUCGAUGACUGGGUCUCUCUUCUUCACAGUAUAGUAGAUCCUGAGUCUGUGAUUUCACUGGAAGAGAACCCAGCAGAAAAAGAGACCAUGGGUGUGGAAGUGCAGCUUUUCCUGGAGAUGAAUGAUGGAGCAGUAGAAGAACUAAAAGAAGAAGGAUGGCAGGUCAUUCACAGUCUGAAGUCACAGCUCAGAAGAGAGGGACUCUUCACAGACGACCCUGCAAUGUCAGAUCUAGAAAAGAAGUCAACUCCGGGUCAUUCCCAGCCGCAAAAGAGAGACACCACAAGAGCUGCUGGAGAAGCAAAUGUUCAAGGGUGUCUUCGUCUGAAAGAGGCAAUUAAUGAAGUUCUGUCCAUUAAAGAGAAGUACAAAUGGAUCCUGCAGGUACCCGAGAGACAGCUGUCAAUGAAGUUCCAGGAGAUCCUGGUUGACUUGGGGUCAAAGAAUGGCAAAGGACUGUACAAAGCCCGCGUCCGAGUGUGCGUGGCUGGGAAAUCCACAUCUUUCAUCAGCCUGGUGGGCCUGGAGAACAGCUCUCUACACCGUACUAUGCCAGGACUCAUUGCACUCUCAAUGGACACACUGAAAACGUAAGAAAUGAUCAAGAUCACCAAAUGGCAAAGAUAGAAAAGAUCAACAAGAUCAGUACAAAUGUGGAUGCGGGGUCGCCAAAGAAAACCUUAUUGCUGUGUUGAACAUUCAAGGAACUUAAAUGGAAGACUCAUAUGGCUAUAUGACUGCAUCCUGCCACAAUAUGGUGGUAACUGUGCUCAGCGUGAUAUUACUAAAGACAAUUGCUGUCUCACAAUACAUUUUAUAACGGGCUGGCGAUAGGACCUGUGCACUGAAAUGAUAUUAAAUAUUUAAUCAACUAACUAAACGUAAUAAGGUGGACGUUGGGAUAUAAACAGUAAUUUUUGAGUAAAUCAGAAGAUCCCAUCCUGAUCAUCAUCCCAUCCUGAUCAUCAUCUCAUCCUUAUCAUCAUCAUCGCAUCCUGAUCAUCAUCCCAGCCUGAUCAUCAUCCCAUCCUGAUCAUCAUCCCAUCCUGAUCAUCAUCUCAUCCUUAUCAUCAUCAUCGCAUCCUGAUCAUCAUCCCAUCCUGAUCAUCAUCCCAUCCUGAUCAUCAUCUCAUCCUUAUCAUCAUCGCAUCCUGAUCAUCAUCCCAUCCUUUCACAUGUUUUUACAACUAUGGGAACAUACUGUAUGACCGGCGGUGACUUGAAUCCUGUUCUUGCGAGCAAUAUAUCUGCAAAUAUAUAUACAAUUGGCCCUAUGCAGUAAGGUAACUGUAGAAUAAA